CACUGACACUUCAACUUCUUUCGUUUCGAGGGUGUAAUAUUAUUGUUUUGAUGCGACGUCUACUUAACUUUGUCAUAAUAAAUCACUGACUUGGCUCCUAAAAUGUCAUCUUUGUCACUUCCACGUGUUCUGCAGCAACGGAAAUCGAGUUUGGAAAUAGAACGAGAGAAUUUUGAGAAAUUUCAGUCUGCCAGCAUUGGAAAAGCCAUCAACCAACAUGAGUCUCCUGUCAAAGAGAAACACAUCCGCAGUGCCAUUUUGGGUACUUUUCAUGAAAAAUGCGCAGAAACAUUUUGGACCUGCGUUUUACGAUUGCCGUUACAAGAAAAUCCCAUAGUUGCUUGGAAAUUCUGCCAUGUUUUACACAAGGUUUUGAGAGAAGGCCACCCCCAAGUGAUACCAAACUCUUUAAGACACCGUAGUAAACUAGAAGACUUGGGGAAAUUAUGGGGUCACCUAAGGGAAGGUUAUGGCAGACUGAUACAGCACUAUUGUAAACUGCUGUGUGUCAAGUUAGACUUCCACAGACGCAACCCUCGGUUCCCCGGCAACCUGUCACUCUCCAAAGAUGAGCUAGAGGCCAUCGGAGACAAUGACAUCAACAACUACUUCCAGAUGUCCGUCGAGAUGUUUGACUACAUGGACGAGAUAUUGGCUCUGCAAGCUGCAGUGUUCGGCUCAUUAGACAUGUCAAGGUCCAACUCCAUGACAAGUUCCGGCCAGUGUCGUCUUGCUCCUCUCAUACCAGUCAUACAGGACUCUUCUCAACUAUACGACUUCUGUGUCAAAAUACUGUUCCGCCUACAUGCUAGUUUACCAUCUGAUGUACUCUCCGGCCAUAGACAGAGGUUCUUGAACCAGUUCCGAGAACUGAGGAAGUUUUACAUCGCUGCCUCGAUGCUUCAAUACUUCAAGAAUCUUAUUCAGAUCCCCUCUUUGCCUGAGAAUCCUCCCAAUCACCUGAUCCAGGCGGAUCUCCAAAGUUACGUUCCUCCAGUUGUAGUCAUGCCUGGUGAUAAGGAGCCUCAACCGACACCUGAGAACCCUCCUAACCUACUGAUCCAAGCAGAGUUGAGAAGUUACGUGACUCCGGUCGUCAUUCUGCCUGAGGAACCUCCUGAAGAGCCUCCCAUCACUAGUGCCACAGCAGACCUGGUAGACAUCAGUGCAACUAACAACCACACCAACGGCUCCGUGUCUCCAGAUGUUCUGGCACAGAGGGAUCACUUGAUUGAACACUUACAAGGAGAAGUGAGUAGACUGAGACUGGAAGCUCAGAGACUGGCAGCUUCACAUCAACAAGAUGUGGCACAGCUGCAUGAACUAUCAGAGCAACUGCAUGAACGAGUGUCUGCUCUGGAAACUGACCUGGCUACCAAGGAGAGUGAGUUGGAGCAUGAAAAGCAGCAGAAGGAAGAACUACUUCAAUUGACGGAUGCUGCAGCAAAGUUCCAUGAGGCUGACAAAAAGGCAAAAACUUUUGAAGAAAAGUUCCAAAAGUUAAAAGAAGUGUAUUCAAAACUACGUGAUGAACACAUCCAGCUUAUAAGACAGAAAGCAGAUGUGGACAAACAGUUGGCAACAGUGAAGACAAACAGUUUGGACCAGGAAGCAGAGAAAACUCGGCUUGAGCAGGUUUUGGAGGAGUUGGCGUCACUGCAAGUGUCGGCUGACACUGCAGCAGAACAUAACCAGGCGCUGUCGUCGCGUGUUGAGUGGGUCAGUGCAGAAAAGGAGAAGCUAGAGAAUGAACUGCAAGAUCUGCUGAGUCAGAAGGAAGACUUGGACACACGGAUGGACAAUCUUCAGAGGAAACUCAGUGACUCUCAGCAACAACAGACGGACCUGUUCACUGCCAUGGAUGAUGAUCCCUAUGGUGUUGAGAGUGUGGUGACAGAGUCAGAAAACAUCAUGAGACAAACAAUCAAUGAAUUGGGAAAUCCAGCCAUCUCUGUACUCACCUGCACUCCAGGCUAUCUGCGAGCAUUGGUUCCUGCCCUGGAGAGUAGUAUCAAUACACUAGAAACGGCCCCCACAGUUGGUAACAUUGUGUCUGUAACACAUCUGACAGCACAGUUCAUCAUCCUGGGAAAAGCAACAUCCAACACGGCUCACAACAUAGAGUUUGGUGACAAGAUGUCAAAUGUAUGUAAGGAGCUCGCCCAGACUUGUGUGACAGUUCUGAGCUCAGUCAGGGAUUCAGGCAGUUGUAGUGUCAGUCAGCUACGAGCUAAGCUAAGUGAGCUAACUGAGCUGGUCCACUCACUAGACACAGAGCUCCAGGGCGGAACCACUGAGCUCAUCGCAGACUCACUUGAAACUGAGCUGCUCACCAUGGACAAGGCUAUUGAAGAAGCUGCUCGCAGAAUAGAGGAAAUGCUGACCAAGUCAAGAGCAGCUGACUCUGGUAUCAAACUGGAAGUCAAUGAGAAGAUACUUGACUCUUGUACAACAUUGAUGAAGGCUAUCAGAGUGUUAGUACAGAAGAGUAGACUGCUGCAAGCCGAGAUAGUGGCUCAAGGAAAGGGUACAGCAUCAGCUAAAGAGUUCUACAAGAGAAACCAUCAAUGGACUGAAGGCCUCAUAUCUGCUGCCAAGGCUGUGGGAAUGGGAGCUAAUUUCUUGUUAACUGCAGCAGAUGAAGUUGUAAGUUCGGGUGGGAAGCUGGAAAAGCUGGUUGUAGCUUCUCAAGGUAUUGCCGCCAGUACUGCCCAGCUGGUAGUGGCUAGUAGAGUGAAGGCCAGCCGCAACAGUACCAACAUGUCUCAACUGUCAGCAGCCAGUAAGGAUGUCACUCAGGCCACGGCUGGGGUGGUGGCUACAGCAAAGUCCUGUAUGCAACUGGUUGAUGAGUCUGCAGAUGAGCUGGAUGUGUCACACCUGUCUCUUCACCAAGCCAAGAGACUGGAGAUGGAGGCCCAGGUGAGAGUGCUGGAGCUAGAGUCUGACCUGGAGAAGGAGCGACUACGACUGUCAGCUCUGCGGAGACAUCACUACCAACUGGCUGGCGACACCGAUGACAGUCCGGCACUUUGAGUAUACUGGCACAAGGACACUGCCAAAGCGACACUGCUGGGACCGUGACAGUUUCAUUGUUAAACCUCUUUGCUGGGGCAUUUCUGUGACUACAAGAUUGUUCUCGUCUCGUCUAAACUGUGAAUAUCAAAGGAAACGCCUCUUACUCGUUGUCUGCAGCUGUCAAGGGCAGCUAAUCAUUGAAGUUAUUUAAAACUAUAAAAGAUGGUUUGACCAGUUGAAACUAGACUUUUUUUAGGAAUCAAAUAAUUAUGCUGAAAGUUGUGUUAUACCAAUUAACUAUUUUUAGAUCUACAUUCGAAGCAUUUAAAUUUUGGACAAUUUACUAUAAUUUGUUUUAUAUGUUGGUCAACAGUUAAUAAUUGCCAAAUGAAUUGUGAUUUAGAACUUUGUAAUGUGUGCUACAACUAUUAUAUAGUAAGCCUAAUAAAAUGAUUACACAUAUAAUACGGUACAUUAUGUUUUAAUUUAACCAUUAUUACUAUUUAAUAAUUUGUGUACCCAAUAAAUAUUUGUUGUGAAAUAAUAUAUGCUUAGAAAUAUUUUGUUACAUUUUAAAGUGAAGAUGUUAGGAUUUGAUUUAUUCUUGUAUGCUAAAUCUGUGAACUUUUUCAAUGAUUUUCUAAAAGUAUAAGACUGCUAAAGAAUAUUAAAGAUUUGUAGUUUUUUACAUUAAUCAGGGUUGAUAAGAUAAUGUUAAGCUAAGAAAAUUUUGCCUGUAAGGCUUGUUUUUAAAAUGUAAUUCUGAUUCAAUUUAUUUAUGCAUAUUAUAGUUAGUUAUCAAGAUUAGAACAAAAAAUGAAUAUUUAAACUUGUUGAUUCAAUAAUAAUUCAACUCUUUCAUUUAUAAUAAUUUUCAUAAUUAUUUUACAAUUAAUUAUAUUAAACAGUACAAUUAAAGUAAGUGGUUAAAUUUAAAAAUAACCAAAACCAAAAAUAAGUAAUUAGUUACCAGUCAUAAUUUUAUUUUGCGUUAGCCUCCCAAUUGUAGCCUGCAAUUAUAUUGCAAAUUUCAUAGUUAUUGUUUCAUAAACCUGGGUAUUCUUUAAAUUUAUAUAUCUAUGAAAUCAUUUGUUAUAUAUUAAGCAUGCAAUAGGCUAAAAUAGUUGUGAAUAUUUGUAAUUUGGGAGUGAAUUCAAUUCACUACAUCAAUGUCAUGUUAACUAUAUUUAUAAUAGUUGAUAAGUUUUAUAUGUAUAACAAUCAUAAAUAUUUUCAUAGUAAUUUUCUAUGAUUAACUGUUAGCUUAGCAUAGUAAUGUUAAUUAAUCAAAAUGAAACUGAAUAAAACAACUAGGGGUGUGCGAGUACUCGAGUGAUUGAGAAUUUAUUGUUGAACGAGUAUUUCAGUAGGCCUACUCGGUUUGAAUGAAAUAUUUAAUUAAUAUUUGUACAAAAUGGCAGAAACAAAGCAGGAUAGAUUAGGUUGUUAAAACUUAAAAAAGAAGUGUGGAUUACUCAUGGGAAAAUUAAAUGAAACGACAAGGGCGACUUCCUAAAACUGACAAAUAUAUUACGAAAACUUAUUUUUUAAGGUUAUGUAUGACGUGGAGUUGGGUUUUGUUUGUGCGAGAUAUUUGCCAUUGCCAUCGUGAAACGUGUUGACAACAUAUAAACAUAAAGUGAACAAAACUAGAGAGUAAUGUAGACUGUUUGGUUAAAAAGUAGUUGUUAUGAACAUAUGUAGUUGUUACCAUAGCAACCAAAAUGUUUAUUAUCAAAUGCUGUUUACUAUUCUAUUCUGAUCUUUAAUAUAACACAGUUACUUCUAUUUCAACACUCUGUCUUUUUAUAUUCUAAUAUUUCCACUUGAAAGUCAUCAUCUCAGUUGGCGACGAGGAUGGGAUUACUUGAAAACAUUUUCUCAGUCCAUGGGUACCCCUCGUUCUUGGUCUCGGACAAUGCCACUUAUAUUCAAAAGUGAGGAAUUUAUCAACUACUGUAAAGAACGUGGGAUUUUCCAAAAAUUUACUGCUCCUAACCAUCCUGCAACAAAUGGCCUGGCGGAACGAAACAUACAAACUUUAAAGAGAAGACUUAUUGCUGCUGCCGAUGAUCCAACCCCAAUUACCACAAAGCUACAAAACAUUAUGUUCAGAUAUCGAGCAACACCUUUGGCAUCAGGCAAGACUCCAGCAGAGUUGUAUUUGAACAGGAAGAUUCGGAUUAGACUUGACACACUUCUCCGUAACCCAAAGGCAAAGCUUCCAUCAAAAUCGAUUGCUCCUCUUCGCGUCCGCUCUCUUAAAGUGGGGGAGAGGGUUCAGGCAAGAGUUCACCUGGGAAAUAAAGACAUAUGGCAGUUUGGUACAGUCAAGAGAAAAUUAGGUCAAUACCAUUACAUUGUUGAAUUGGAUUCUGGACAAAGUUUAAAACGACACAUAAAUCAAUUGGUUUUGACUCUUGUAUCCAAGAAGAAAGUUACCUUUACAACACAAAACAAACAAGAUAGUUCUGUUGUUCCAAGAAGGAUUCCUAUUAUAGACUGUCAAGCACCACCACAAGAGAUCCAUCCAGAGUCUGAAUCAAAUACAAACAAUCCAACAGAACUAGACGGUACUCUAAGAGAAGAAAAUCUAGACAGACCUCAAGCCACAGAACAAAAAGAAAACAAAUUAACUCGUCCUUCCAGACAGCGCAAGGUUCCGUCCUAUCUUAAGGACUUUGCUCUCCAGCGAUUAAGUGGGGGAGAAUGUUAUGAACAUAUGUAGUUGUUACCAUAGCAACCAAAAUGUUUAUUAUCAAAUGCUGUUUACUAUUCUAUUCUGAUCUUUAAUAUAACACAGUUACUUCUAUUUCAACACUCUGUCUUUUUAUAUUCUAAUAUUUCCACUUGAAAGUCAUCUCAGUAGUUAUAAGAGUUCCAAUUUAAAUCCAUGUGUGUAGCCCCUGAGCUGUUGGACAUAAUGUAAGACUAAAUUACUUACGUAAUUCCCGUGACAGCUCAAUAAAACGACAAGGGCGACUUCCUAAAACUGACGAAUAUAUUACGAAAACUUGUUUACUUAAGUGAAAAAUGAGAGAGAGUCAUAAUUUCUCAUUGAGAGUCUCAUUGAGUAGAGAAAAAUGAUUAAGUGGUUUUAUUGAGCUGUGACGGGAGCUGUGUUACGUAAGUAAUUUAGUCUUACAUAUAAGUUCCAUUUUCAACAACGGAAAAUAAGUUAGUUAAAACAAAAAAAAAUUAUGUUUCUUUGUUCAUUCGUACAAUAAUGCAAAAUUUGACAUUAGAGAAUAACCACCAGUGAAUAUAAUCAUUGAAUGUUUUAAAUAGAUAUUUUAAAAUAUUGUAUACAAUUUUUAAGAGCAUAGUUUACUGCUCAACGAUUAGUAAUUACAACAAAGUAUUUGGUUAAAUUUAAUCUCUGCUGUGGAGGUUUAGAACAAAAGAAAAUUGCAAUGAAUAUGCAUGGCCAAGUUGUACACUAAAUAAAUUUUAGUUGUUAACUUUUAGGGCUUAGUUUUAUAAGGUACUUUCAUAACUAAGCUAGGUAAAAAGAAUUAUUUCAAUAUUCAAUUACAACUAUAAAGUUAAUUUGCCUCUUUAGUGAUGACUGUUGAUUUUAACAAAUAUUCAGAUGGCACAGAAACACACAAAGUAAGAGUGAGUUGUUCGCUCAACUAAACUGUACGUUAAGAAGUUUAUCAUCUGCAUUCUAGGAGUAUUAAAACAACUAUUUUUUUGAAUUGUUUUUUUCUCCGGUAUUAUAAUUUGGCACAUCUAUCUUACACAUUUUAAAGAUGUGGUAGGCCUACGGUUAAUGAAACAGUCAGGUUAACAAACAGGUGUCUUGACGUUCAGUACUGUAUUUGUUUUUAUAUAUUUUUUAUUUUGUGCUUCUACUUGGCUCAUAUUCAGCGUACUGUUUAACUCUGAAGCUUAGAAGAGUGUCAAGAUGGCUUGCAAACCUUUAACAUUAUUAUAAAUAAAAUAAAACCCAUGGUUCAAAAGAAAUUGCUUGAGUGAUUCACAUUUUGUAAAUAGACAGUUUAUUUAACGGCAUUGGCACAAGUGAGUGGCAUUUUCUUAAUUAUUUAGGAAGGUGGUCCAAACCCUGGUUGUGUAACUUGAUCUCCCUAACAUCAACUAGUGAUUAGAAAGAAAGCAUUUCUAAUCAGUAGUUCAAAAAUGAUAUACGUUAUCAAAUAACAGAUAAAAGAAUGUACAUGCACCGGGACAUUAUAGGAAUACAGUAUUGUUUUUUAAGUGCCUGUAAGCAUAAUUACUUAGCAUUUGUAUUUAAAUCUAAUGCAUACUUUUUGGAAAGUUUCUGUACCAUAAAGCACCUAUUUAAUUGUUUUAGUUUCUUUCAUUAGAAUAUUAUGAAAAAAUCGCACAUGUCGCUUCAAUAUAAAAGUACUCAAUUUGAAAAAGUCCGAAGCACGCAAGUUUUUUGGAAAACUCAACUUGACUCGUAUAUGAUGAAUUUACUACUCGCACACCUCUAAAAACUACUUUUUAAAAUGCUGUAGUUUUUACAUCAUUACUUUUAAAAAUUUUUAAUCUAUUUCACUUCAAAUUAUUUUCAAUCUCAAGUAACAAGUUUACUGAAGUAACUUAUUAAAUUGUGUUGGUAAAGUUUAUUUUAUUUUCUUCUUAAUUAUGUUUAUCUGAUAUUACAUGGCAUAUUCAUAUUUUAUACAUCUCCAUUACAUACAUUUUAAAAUGAAGUCUACUUCAGUAAAAAUGUAAUAUAAAAAUGUAAUUUAAAUCAGAAAAUCUUUUCCGAACACAAUUUUGUUAGCUUAAUUU